AUGAACCAGAAAUUCUACUCCCUCGACGAACGCUGCAUGGGAUGCGUUAUUCAUCGGCAGUCGCUAUGUGUCCGGUUCACCGCGAAACCGGACGAGAACAGGCCGUGCCGUAGCUGCAUGGGGCACGACAUGAUCUGCGUCCCCUCCCGGCCCACCCGCGUCCCUACCACCGCCGAGGAGUGGGCGGAAUUCAUGGCGGACCAGGUCGCGAUCUGGGGCAACCGGUUGGAUGCGAUGGGCGAGGAGUUGGAGAGGAGCGUGGAGAGGACGCACUCUCGGAUGGCUGCGACCAUCGGUGAGUCGGUCGUCGCGAUGACCGAGGAGUCCGCCCGCGCCCAGCUUCAUGUGAAGAAGUACGCGCUGUCGAGCGCGUCGGAGAUCAAGGACAUGAAGAACCAGAUGCGCGAGCUGGUCGUCGCCGGCGACAAGGACGGCUCGGUCGUCGAAAAGGCCUGCCGCAUGGUCGAAGAGUUCGACGACAAGCUCCGAGCCAUCGUCCCGAUGGUGAACAAGCAGUCCGAGGCCGUCUCGAACCUUUGCGAAGACGUGGAGGCGACGACGCGAGCCCUCGACCGGCGCAUCACCUUCUACGUCGAUAAGCUUCGCGAGGUGGCCCGGAGGGUCCAGGUCGACUUUAGCGACCCGCCGCCGGUGUUCGGUACCGACCCCAACGAUCCGUCGCACUCGCCGAUCCGCCCGGUGGCCAGGGCGGACGACAUCGCGGCCCCGGAGCCCCACAGCCCCCUAGUCGACGCCGAGGGAUCCGACGAAGGGGUCGGGGCUAUGGAGGAGAACUGA